ACUUGUGUCGUCUCGUAUAGAAAUUUUGGGUGGUUUUUGGUGAUUCCAUUAUUAAAAAAUAACGAAAAAAAACAUUAUCAAGGCAUAAUUUAAGUGAUAAUAAACUCAGUCAUUGUUAUUGGUUCCCCUUUACUUUCAAUUCAUAUUUAUUUAUGGGAAAAAUGAUUUUUCCCGUUCCUCAUUAGUAGUUGAAGAAAAGCAAACUGAAUGUAAAAUUGCGUUUUUUUUUAUAAAAGAAAACAUCAGGGAACCUUGAAAAUAACCCGCAAAAAUGUGUGCUGCCUAUGAUAUAAUAGUUAAGGAGUUUCAAACAAAUCUUGCCAGUUUUGUCAAUGCAGCUCAAACACUCAGUAUUUGCACUCAGAACUUGGCAAAGAUUAUGGGAAGUGUUGAUCCUAAUCAAACGAUUGUAAACAAAAGCGUACCGGCAUUGCUUGACUGGGGACAGAAUCUAUUCAUACUCGCUGAGCGAUUUGAACUUGAUGCCAAAUCACAACUUUCUACCAGUUUAGAUAAAGAACAAACACACCCAGAAGCAUGUUCAAUACGAAUGACGAUGGGAAACAUUUAUGAGAAAGUUUUGUUUUUCCUAAAUCAUAUGACACAUUCUUACAUCGAUUAUUCACGUUCUGAGUCUCCAAUGUCAGCGAGCUAUGAAUGUCAAGUACCACAAGUCAAUAACCCUUCAACUCUCCAAAGAUUUCGCACAAUUCAGCAACAGCAGCAAUACCGGAGAUGGUCAGAAGCAGCUGCUACUGCUAUGGAGCCUAAUGAAGCUAAUGUCGAUUCUAACCGUCGCUGGUCGAUGCCAACAAAUGUCAGUAAGACACAAUCACGAUUCAUUCCAAUGAUGAAUAAGCUAGCGGGCCUAGUUAAUCAACAAAGUCAAACUACAAUUCCUGAUCAAACAACGAUGAAUUCUGACGGUGUUGUGGAAGCAAUACAAUUGCUUUCAUUUCGAGCACCACCUUCACGGCCACCGUCACAUUGUACACAACAAUCUAAUUAUUCAGCACAACAACAACAGACCCUUUUUCGAAAUCAAUCACAGCCCUCUCAAAGACAACGACAAUCGCGAGCAGAAUUAAAUGAGAUUUUAGUCCUACCGCGAGCUAGCGAUCCUCUUUACCUUGGCAGAUAUCAGCAAAUUGCUGAAAAUAUACGAGGUGAAAAACUACCGGUUUUUAAGAAUAAAACACUUCAAGAGCCUGGUCCUAAGAAAAGAAUGUGGAAAUCAUUAAAGCAAAUUCAAACAAGUGAAAGGAAUUCUUUUGGGCUAAAUUCAGAAGCAGUUUUAUAUUCCACGAUAAAUGCACCACCUUCGUUUAGACCUCCGAAAAAAUAUUCGGAUAUAUCAGGAUUAAUUGGAAAUUAUUGUGAUCCUCAUACAAAACUUUAUUAUCACAACGCGGAUGAAUAUCAAACUAUGAGAAAAAUGCCAGGAGAUCUUGUGAAAGGAUAUUUAACAUUAAGAGGCGCUUCAAGUGUGGUUUAGAAAAUUAUUUAUUUAACCCUUGAUUAAAUCUUAUUGGUUAUAUUCUUAUAAAUAAAUUUAAUUAAAAAUAUUUAAUUAUUUUCUCUCUUCUAUUGUAA